AUGAAAAUACCCUGCUUGUGGCCAGCGCCCUUAUCGACGGUAUGGCACUGCGCGCACUUGGUCCUGAAGAUCUUCUCACCGGAUUUGAAAUCGCCAGGCGGAGCUUCAUCGAAGGUCGCCAUUGAAGAAUUAGGUAACGGGCGGAGCAAUAUUAAUAUAGUAGCGUGCCUUUGGGGCGGCGGGCACGCGUCCCACAUAAUUACGAUUAUGCCCCUUCGUCUAGUCAAAGACCUCAAACUGUCAAACUUGGGCCUAUCCUCCGUGUCUCUCAAGUCACAGGUAACAGUCCAAAUCCCCGGCCGGGUUCGCGGACGACAACCAUCCGAGAAACAACCGCCAGAUCUGCGAGUGUGGGUUCAACGAUGGCGACAAAACGAUUGGAGGGCGGUGAGAAGUGGCGGCGCCCCCAGGUUGCAAGGCUAUUCGUGGUCUAAGGUGUCAACAACCAAAGAAGUUACUUGA